GUCCAGGAAACGUCACGGUUCGGGUUUGUGAGGUGCAUCAACCCAAUUGUCCGUCAAAUCAACUCUACUGCUGAAAAGAUGUCCAGCAUUGAAGUCAUAAUGAGUAGGUUUAACUCUUAUGACGUGAUGUACAGUUUUGAGUCACGUGAGGAAAGCUUCGCCAACUGGCCCUUUCGAGAAGAUUGUAACUGCACACCUGAAAAGAUGGCCAAGGCUGGCUUUGUGCACUGUCCCGGAGACAACGAGCCCGAUGUGGUGUGUUGCUUCUUUUGUCUCAUCGAGCUGGAGGGCUGGGAGCCCGACGACGAUCCCUGGAACGAACACUCAAAGCGCUCCCCCAAGUGUGCCUUCCUAAACCUGAAGAAAGACCAGCGCGAGCUGACACUGGCUGAGAUGUUCCACUUGGAGAGCGAGAGGGUCAAGAUCUUUACUAGAAAAGUUUGCCACAAGAAGAUGGCGGGCAUGCGGGAUGCGGUGGACGAGGCCCUUAAAGGCUUUCGCUCGCAACUGACUUCUCUUUGACAACGCUCAUGUUGACUUUUAUGAUCUAAUUGCGUGUGGUGAAUGAUG